CCGAUAUCCUCUUGCACUCCACACUUGACUUCGGCUCAUCCUGAGACGGGCAAAAUCGCGACAACAUGGGUUUGGAGGAAGAUUUACGGUCGAAGCCUCCGUGCCAUCCGCGAGCUGUAUGUUAAGUUUGUCCAAGAGCGCUAGACUACAGCGGAUGGAAGAAGUGCUGACCCCGUUGCCCGACCAGUGUGCAAUCCAAGACUGUCUAAAGAAGAACACAUUCAAAGAGGACAAGUGCCAGGACGUAAUCUACGCUUUGUACGACUGCUGUCAAGCCUUCUACGACCGAAAUGGCGAAGGGGCCAAGUCUGCUAGCUGUCCUCAGCCAGAUCUACUAAAGUUGAAGCUCAGGAUGAGGAAGAAGACUGGCAAGGCGGAGGAGAACAAGUCGCAAUGACCGUGCAGGAAGCUCAGCGUCCCGUACAGGCGUGAGCAGAUGGAAGAUUAGGAAGCUUGUAUCACUGAUCCAAAGACAAACGUCCACCCGAAAAGAGGAAGUAAAUCAGGUCAACUGGAAAGGAUAGCGACAAAUUUAAUCUAGGCAUCCAUUGAGCGC